AGUGAUUAUAUUGUUCUACAUCCAAGCUUAAGAAACAAUAGCGCACAUUGAUUCAGUGCCGCUUGGAACUUCUCCAUUUCAGUAGUAAGUUUGGUGUGAUAUUCAUAUUGUUUUAUUUCUCCGGACUUGUUAAUAUCAUGUCGAAAUAUCUGGCUUAUAUCGCUACCGUUGUGGUUCUCCUGCAAGUAGCCAGUGCUAGUGACAUCAUCGAUCUAACCUGCGAAAAUGAUACCGACUGCGAUACAUUCCAACACGGCGCUGUUAAUUCAACCUGCGUCGCAGGACAGUGCCACUGUAUAGAUAACACUACGGGCAAACGGAGCGAGUGUAAACCAAGGGUUAGCAAAGCCUCCAAUUUGAUUGGUGGCCAUUGUCCCUGCAUUCCAGCCAAUUCCUUUUGCCACGAAAAAUCGCAACUGUGCGUCUGCAAGGAAGGAUACCAGCCGGACCGGGAGAGUAAAAAGUGUAUCGAAAAAUCCGUUGCGUUGGGCAAAAAUUGCGAGAUAGACGAACAGUGCCUGCAGUACGAUUAUUUUUCACGAUGCCACGAAACCACGCACAACUGCACCUGUUCGAACCAUUUCGUCAUUUUUGCGGAUAAAUGUCACUCGAUUAUCGCCGCCGGUAAUUCUACCUGCGAAAAGAACUCGGAUUGUUCGGAUAAAGUAGCCAACUCCAGCUGCCACGAACAUCAGUGCAUCUGUAGCACCGGAUUUGUGGCGGAUUCUGCGAACACGACCUGCCUGCCGGUUGCCCUGCACGAGGAACCGUGUCUCGAGUCGAACCAGUGCAUCGCUCAGCUGGGCGUCGGUUCACUAUGCAGCAACGGCAAGUGCGUCUGCAACGAUCAAUACUUUGCUUUCCCAGUGCACUCCCACAACAAUGCCACUUCGGAGCACAAGGUGUUGAAUAUUUGCACUCGAAAAAUUACUCAAGGAACAAGUUGCAGCGACAACAAAGACUGCUACCAAUUCCACCGAGGACCUCACGAGCAAACCAUGGAGUGCUUCAUGGGUGAAUGCGUUUGCUCUCCUGGCAACUACGAGAAGGGGGGCAUAUGCGUUAGUUACAGUUCGGCCACAGACGUUUUGUUUUCCCCCACGCUAGUCGUGCUCGUGCUGAUUGUCGGAUCCUACUUUCACCGCUUGUGGAUUUAGGUUCCCGUGUUAACAUAUAUGUUUUUGUUGAUAAUCGUAAAUAUAGUUAGUUGAUGAUAAUCGUAAAUAUAGUUUUCAAACAGUUCA